UAUAAAUAAGAGCGUGAGUAGAUAAGGAAAAAUUCACAAUCACAAGCAGAUACAUUACACUUUUUUUCACUGUAGCAUUCAAGAGGUGCGGCCUCAAGCGUACAAGCAUUCUUAAUGAUUUCAAGCAAAAUUUGCAGGCAAAAUUAAGGAUCUUGACGAUUGAAGCAGAAUAUGGCCGAAGGACGUCCUGCCACUGAUUCAGGUGACAAGAAAAAGCAACUUGGAUGCGAAGAGUUUAUGAUCAAUAUUGUUGAAGAUUCGCCUGACAUAGAGCCUGGUGAAUGGCCCGAGUGUUGCAUCUACAGGGUCCCUGAGUUGCUUCGCCGGGUAGAAAAAGAAGCUUACACUCCUAAACUAGUUCAUAUCGGCCCUCUCCAUUACAGCAUGCAGCAACCCAAGGAUAUAGAAAUUCAGAAACUUCGAUAUUUGAAGGGAUUCUGUGAUCGGACUAAGAAGAGUAAGAAUGAUCUUGCAGGCAUCAUUGAAAGCGACGAGUUAAAAAUCAGACAUUGCUAUUCUGAGACCUUUGAUCAGAUCAACAGUGUAGAGUUUGUAAAGAUGAUUCUAUUGGAUGCUACUUUUAUCAUUGAGUUCAUCUUGAGGAGUCGAAACCCAAAAGUUUACGAAGGAGACCAUAUAAUAAGUAAGCCAUGCCUGGUAUGUCAUAUAUGGCCUGACUUAAUAUUACUUGAGAAUCAGCUUCCAUAUUUUGUUUUGAAGAAACUAUAUGACUUUGUCCUCGAUGGACAAGAAAAUCAGCAGGGCCAGGCUCCUUCCUUUCUUAAGCUUGCCUGUGAUUUCGUACUCAACAAUCAGGAGUACUCAGUGCCCGAGGGGAAGGAAGUUAAACAUCUCACUGAUUUACUGAGGACGUAUUACAAUCUUCUGCACCUAAGGUCGAAGCCGUUUGAUAAAGCUGGAAGCGGGCCGGAGGCAGAGCAAUUUGAUGAAGUAUGUAGUGCAACAAAGCUGGACGAAGUAGGAGUGAAAUUCAAGGUAGCUCCUCCAAGUAGAAGCUUACUUGACAUUAAAUUCAAUAAGAAAAAGUGCCUGGACAGGUGUCCAUGGUUAAAUUUUUCAUGGCUCUUGGCUUGCUUUCCUUGCUUGAAACGCUUUGCGUGCUUGGAGCGUAUGCAACCUUCGUUAGAAAUCCCACGCUUGGUGAUAGAAGACGUGACUGAAGGUAUUUUCCGAAACAUCAUGGCACUGGAGCAGUGUCACUAUCCAAUGGAAGCCCACUUCUGCCAUUACGUUAGGCUAUUGGAUUCUAUCAUCGACACCGAAAAAGAUAUAGAAUUGCUUGUUGAGAAAAAGAUCAUCCUUAACGGGCUCGGUAGCAAUGUUGCAGCUGCGACUUUUAUUAACAAACUCUGCCUUCAGAUUGUGGCUGACGGAUCGUGUUACGUCGACAUAAUUAAAGGACUUCGAAGCCAUUAUUAUGACCAUUGGAACCGUAUUAUGGCAACCAUGGAAAGGUUUUAUUUCGGCGACUUUUGGAGAGGCGCUGCAACUGUGAUUGGACUUCUAUUAUUGGUCAACUCUCUCUGGGGAUUCCUUCGGCCUUUUGUUUUGAAGAAAUGAAUAAAGUGUCUGUGCUUUAAAUGUUUGUUCGAGUGUCUGUGCUUUAAAGUGUCUGUGUUUCGAGUCAUGGUUUGUUUUCUUUUCGUUUUGUUUCGUUUUUUUGAUGCAGAAUUGAAGCAUCUGUGUGCUUGUUGUUUGUCUGAGUGCUCUGCUUAUAUAUGAACUUUGUAAUCCAUGUCCUGCUUACCUUGUGAUAUCCUCUCCAUCAUAAUAAAUUUUACAUAAUACUAAUUUUCUUCAA